AUGGCAUCGAUGCAAUUGACAGACGCCGAUAUCCCCAACUGCUCCGGCAAAACAGUGCUGAUCACUGGGGGGAGCUCGGGCAUUGGCUUGGCGACUGGAAAUAUUUUCGCUUCUCAUGGUGCUUGUGUCUUUUUACUGGAUCAACGACCGCCCAAGGAUGAGCUUUUGGCAAACACUCAAUAUAUCGAAUGUGACAUCACCAACUGGGCAAGUAUUCUGGCGGCUUUUGAGCGAGUCGGAAAUGUGGUCGACAUCCUCGUUGCCAACGCAGGCGUUUCUGAAGAAACCGACUAUUUUCAAGAUGUUGUCGACCACGAAGGCAAGCUUGUGGAGCCCAAAUAUGGUGUCAUUGAAGUGAAUCUCCGCGGUACUUUGAAUGUCGUCAAAGUUGGACUCAGCUUGAUGCGGCGAAACAAGGUCGCCGGCAGUAUUGUGAUCACGAGUAGCGCGACGGCAUAUUCUCCAGAGCAUUCUUUGCCCGUAUACAGUGCAACUAAGCUAGGUCUGAUUGGACUCAUGCGUGCCCUACGGGCAACACUUCCCCGCGACAACAUCACAAUCAAUACCGUUGCCCCAGCUGCAACGCUGACAGGACUUAUUCCGCCUGAGCUUGUUGCGCCCAUUAUCGCUAUGGGUCUUCCAACCAGCUCUGCUGAAUUUGUUGGUCUUGCGGUCGCGUAUUCGGCAGUCGCCCACGAGACACGUCAGGUCGAGCUGUAUGGCAAAGACUCUGAUACAGCCGUUGUGGACAAGGAGGGUCGUUGGAACGGUCGGACAAUUCUCACAUUGGGUGACAGGUACACUGAGCUAGAGCAAACGAUUUCAGACCUCAGGCCACAAUGGUUUGGCGAGGAGAACACUGCAUUGACGAGAAUGCAACAGAAGGCAACAGACUUCAGAGCUUCAGUGGCGUGA